AAUCUCUCUUUCUCUUUAUCACAAAGUUCUGCAAUUUGGCAUUUAAUAUAUACUUUUCUUUUCUUUUACUAGUAUUUUUUUUGGAAUUUUAUUGACAAUUUAUCAAAUAUUUUUCAUCAAAGAUGAAAGCUACUGAAUCAUGUUCAUCUUCAGCAUCAACAAGUAGGGUGCUUUACUCUUUUUGGCUAAGUUCUUGUUUGUGGCGCGUUCGAUUUGCUUUAAACUUAAAAGGACUUCAAUAUGAGUACAAAGCAGUUGAUCUUAUCAAAGGGGAGCAAUUUAAUCCAGGCCACUGGAAGUCGUGCGAGGGAAUCCAUUAUAUCUCACCGGAUAGCUUCCUUGGUUAGGUUUCGGGAGAAAAGAAAAGAGAGGUGUUUUGAUAACAAAAUCAGGUAUACUAUACGAAAGGAGGUUGCUCAAAGGAUGCACCGCAAGAAUGGCCAAUUUGCAUCUUUGAGAGAAGGUUCGACAUCUUUCAAUUUGGAAGCUAAAAAGAACUUAGUGGUUGGUAGAAGCCUGGGACCAGAAAAUGUGUGA